AUGAAAGCCGUCAGCCUCCUCUCGCCUCUCCUCCACUUGUGCUGGGCCUCGCAUCCACCCAGCGCCCAGGUACCCUUGCUUGACAAUGACGAUGUUGAUCUGACCGACAGCAAUCAUUACUCCGGCAUCAGGACAUUUGCGAACCUGCCGUAUGUCAAUUGCUUCUCCAACCGGGACGCAAAGGACCACAAGUACGACAUUGCCAUCCUCGGCGCCCCUCAUGAUACCACGACAACAGGCCGGCCAGGCGCUCGCUAUGGCCCGUCUGGCAUCAGGACCGGCAGCCAGCGCAAGGGUCCCGAAUGGAGCAUCUACACUGGCCGCAACCCCCUCGCCGACUGGGCCACGGUAGUCGACUGCGGCGACGCCCACCUCACCUGGCUCGACAGCCGCGUCUCCCUCCAGCGCCUCGACAAGGCCCAUGAGGUCCUCGCUGGCCGCCCCGCCGCCAACGCCUCCGUCUCGGCGACGCCGCGCAUCCUCACGCUCGGCGGCGACCACACCACGACCCUGUCCGCCCUGCGCUCGACCUCGGCGCGCUGGGGCCCCGUCUCCGUCAUCCACUUUGAUAGCCACAUUGACACCUGGGACCCGGCCGUCCUGGGCGGCGACAUAUCCGACUACGCCGCCCUCAACCACGGCACCUUCCUGCACGUGGCGCACGAAGAGCACCUCAUCCUCAACUCAUCCGUCCACGCCGGCGUCCGCGCGCCGCUGGUGCGCCGGAAGGGCGAUCUCCGCAACGACGCGCGCUGCGGCUUCGCCAUGGUCACGGCACGGGACAUUGACGCGCUCGGCGUCCAGGGCGUCGUUUCGAGGAUCCGCGAACGCGUUGGCGAUUCGUUGGUGUACAUCAGCGUCGAUAUCGAUGUCCUCGAUCCGGCCUUUGCGCCAGGGACUGGCACGGCUGAACCUGGUGGCUGGUCUACGCGCGAGCUGCUGGCGAUCCUUGACGGGCUUGAGGGCUUGCCUGUUGUGGGCGCGGAUGUCGUCGAAGUGGCUCCGGCGUAUGACACGAAUGGCGAGAUUACCGUGCUUGCUGCUGCUGAGAUUGCGUACUCGCUGGUUGAUCUCAUGGUGUUUCGGCCCGUGAAAUCCAAGGCGGACAACGGGGAGUGA